CCGCAUGCAGAAUGCUGUGCGCAUUGGAGGCAAGGGAACACCACGACGAAAGGUCAAGAAGGUCCAGAGGAGCUCUGGCACCGACGACAAGAAGCUGCAGGGCGCCCUCAAAAAGAUGAACGUGCAGCCAAUCCAAGCGAUUGAGGAGGUGAACAUGUUCAAGUCGGACGGCAACGUCAUCCACUUCUCCGCACCAAAGGUGCACGCAUCCGUUCCAUCCAACACCUUCGCCAUCUACGGCAACGGCGAGGACAAGGAGUUGACUGAGCUGGUGCCCGGCAUCCUCAACCAGCUCGGCCCAGACUCAUUAGCCUCUCUGCGCAAAUUGGCCGAGAGCUACCAGAGCCUCCAGAAGAAUGCUGAGGGCGAGGACAAGAAGGACGACGAUGAUGACGAGAUUCCGGAUCUGGUGGAGGGCGAGAACUUUGAGUCAAAGGGCGAGGUCGAAUAAGCGUCUCGCAUGGCACAGAGACAUAACCACACGUACGGAAUUGAAUUGUCUGAAAAGAUUCGGAGUCAGCGUGCGGGAUAAUGGUCAUGGCUUUCAAAAGUGAGGUAUGAGGAACAAAGGUCAGACGGGAUGUGGGACAAUAUUCUAGGACGAGGUGUGAAAUGUACACAUGCUCCGAGCGCUGCCGUAUAUUAUGCGCGGCACAAGAUGAAGCCUCUCAUGAUAAAAAUGGCGUUCAUCUCA